AUAGAUGCACAGCGUUAUGCAACGAGACGCCGUUUUGUUAACAAAAUAGAGCAUGUCCCUUAAACGUGCGCCUUGGUAUAAAAUGGUCCAAUCACAUACCUGCGCAAAUUAGGGUUCUUCUCUACUUUGUUCUCUCAAACAAAACUCCCAACGGAUAAUCAGUCUCUCUUCGCUAUUUCGCGCAUAAAUUCUCCAGCAGCUUUAUGGAUGGAGAAAAGCAUUGAAUGGGAUGUUUUAGAUGAAACGUCUGCUUCAUAUCUCUGAUUCUGUUUGUAGUGAGCAGUAUCUUGACAAAUUUAUAAUGUCUGAAGAAGCUGGGCAUAUGAUGGGGCUUUAUGGUGAUCCCUCGGAUCAGAGAUCUCUAUCUUUGGAUGAUACAAGCAGCACUGAGGAAUCACCUGAUCAAACAAGGCUGUCUCUGGAGACAAUUAAUGAUGCAGUUCCAUACAUAGGACAAAGAUUUCCUAAUCAUGAUGCUGCUUAUGAAUUCUAUGCUGAAUUUGCCAAAGGCUGUGGGUUUUCAAUCAGGCGUCACCGUACAGAAGGGAAAGAUGGUGUCGGCAAAGGACUUACAAGACGCUAUUUUGUUUGCCAUCGUGCAGGCAACACUCCUGUCAAAGCUGCUAACGAUAAUAAGCCUCAGAGGAACAGAAAAUCCUCCCGUUGUGGAUGCCAAGCAUAUAUGCGGAUAAGCAAGACAGCUGACUUAGGAAUGCCUGAAUGGAGAGUGACUGGUUUCACGAACCACCAUAAUCACGAACUUCUAGAGCCAAACCAAGUACGCUUUCUUCCUGCAUAUCGCAGCAUAUCAGAUGCAGACAAGAGCCGAAUUCUAAUGUUUGCUAAAACAGGAAUUACAGUGCAGCAAAUGAUGAGGCUUAUGGAGCUAGAGAAGGGUGUGGAACCAGGAUAUUUGCCAUUCACUGAGAAGGAUGUCAGAAAUUUGCUUCAGUCAUUCAGGAAGGUGGAUCCUGAGGAUGAAAGCAUAGACUUGUUGAGAAUGUGUAGAAACAUUAAGGAAAAGGAUCCCAAUUUCAAGUAUGAUUUUUCACUAGAUUCCAACAACAGAUUGGAAAAUAUUGCAUGGUCAUAUGCUUCAUCCAUCCAGUCAUAUGACAUUUUUGGUGAUGCUGUGGUCUUUGAUACAACUCAUCGGCUGACUGCUUUUGACAUGCCACUUGGGAUAUGGGUUGGAGUGAACAACUAUGGUAUGCCAUGCUUCUUUGGUUGUGUUCUUCUUCGAGAGGAAACUUUGAGAUCCUACUCUUGGGCUUUGAAGGCAUUCUUGGCGUUCAUGAAUGGGAAGGCUCCACAAACAGUACUAACUGAUCAAAAUAUGUGUCUCAAAGAGGCAAUUAACUUGGAGAUGCCCACGACUAAGCAUGCCCUUUGCAUCUGGCUUAUCAUGGCAAAGUACCCAUCAUGGUUUAAUUCUGUUUUAGGAGAGCGCUACAACGAGUGGAAGGCUGAGUUUAACCGACUCUAUAAUUUGGAAUCUGUGGAGGACUUUGAGUUGGGUUGGAGAGACAUGGUGAACUCAUUCGGACUGCAUACAAACAGGCAUAUUGCCAGUCUAUUUGCCUUGAGAUCACUGUGGGCACUGCCAUACCUUAGGAGCCACUUUUUUGCCGGUAUGACCACAACAGGCCACUCAAAGUCAAUCAAUGCUUUUAUCCAACGGUUUCUGAGUGCACAAUCCAGGCUAGCACAUUUUGUGGAACAGGUGGCUGUUACGGUUGAUUUCAAGGAUCAAACAGGAGAGCAGCAGACUAUGCAGCAAAAUGUACAAAAUAUAUGCCUUAAAACAGGUGCUCCCAUGGAAGCACAUGCUGCUACAAUUCUUACACCAUUUGCCUUCUCUAAGCUUCAAGAACAACUUGUUUUGGCUGCUCAUUAUGCAUCAUUCCAGAUGGAAGAUGGUUUCCUUGUCCGACAUCAUACAAAACUUGAGGGUGGACGGAAAGUUUACUGGGUUCCAAGAGAGGGCAUCAUAAGCUGCAGCUGCCAUCAAUUUGAAUUCUCUGGAAUACUUUGUCGCCAUGCUCUCCGUGUUCUUUCAACAGGAAAUUGCUUCCAGAUACCAGAAAGAUAUCUGCUACACCGGUGGCGACGAAUCAGUACACCAGCAACCAAAGCUCUUCAGAAUACGCAAAGUGGCCACACCGAGAGGGUUCAGUUAUUGCAGAGUAUGGUUUCUACUCUAGUAACAGAAUCAGCAAAGUCAAGGGAACGUCUUGACAUUGCCACAGAGAACGUUUCAAUACUUUUAUCGAGGAUAAGAGAACAGCCAAUUGGUUCACAAGGUAUCAGAGAGUUAUCCUCAAAUCAGAGGAAUCUUUGAUUUUAGUUAAAUAGUUUGAUUACAUCCAGAGUUCUUGUAGAAAAAUAGGGACAAAAGAGAUGAAACAGGGGAAACUUUGUCUAGCUAGUGUGUAAAGAGUUGGGAGCUGGCUUGAUACCCUUUUGUAUGACAUAUUUGCUGAUUAUGUUUUUACAAAAUCUGUUAGGCAAAUAUGUAAAGUUUUUGAUUGUGGGGCAAACGGAUUUUUUUUUCUUCUCGUUGUUAUUGGAAGAGAUAUCUUCUUUCAAUGCAAAGAUAACUAUAUAAAGUUAAAUAAUUUAACUUUCUUGUUCUGACCA